AUGGCGCAGGCAACCAGUUAUUUGCCAGAAUUAGGUGGAGUUGGAGUGUUUGACUGUUCAGACACAGCAGCAAUCGGACCGCGUUGGAAAAGAUGGCUGCGGGCUUUCGACUUGUACGCGGGAGGGAGAGGGGUGAAGGACCCUGCCCAGAAGAAGUCUCUGUUGUUGCAUUGUUCGGGGCUUAGUGUACAGGACAUCUUCUUUACCCUAACAGAAAGUACGGAGGGGGCUGACGUGUACGAGAAAACAGUGAGUACGCUCAAUAAACAUUUUACACCUGAAGUGAACAUUCCCUAUGAGAGACAUUUGUUUAGAAGCAUGUCGCAGAAAGCUGAUGAAACUGUAGAACAAUUUAUAACACGUUUGAGACAGAAGGCGGAGACAUGUGAGUUUGGUGAUCUUAAUGCUGUGAACGAACAGAUUAGAGAUCAGGUGAUUGAAAAGUGUUCUCAACAUCACCUACGUCGCAAGUUACUGGAAAAGGGGAGAACUCUGACACUUGUACAGCUACGAGAAAUCGCUAGGGCCAUGGAGCAAUCCGAGAGACAAGCACGGAACAUAGAGGGGAUAGAGGAAGUAAACAAGGUAGCAUGGGGCGCCAAGGGGGCCAAAAGUAGAACUUUCUCUAGACCAAGGAAAGACAACCGGAAGUCUGGUAACACUAACAGUCACAGAGUAAUAGGGCCAUGUUAUAACUGUGGUAGGGAAGGACACCUAGCCAAAGAUGAUAAGUGCCCAGCUAAAGGACAAAAGUGUCGGAAAUGUCAUGGAGUUGGACAUUUUGAGGCAAGAUGUAAGUCCAAGGGUCAGAAAUCUACGGUUCGCCAAGUUUCGAGUGAGGGACCUGCAAAUUAUGCCUUUAGUGUACAUGGUACUUCAGGUCAGACUCAAAACAGUAUUGUCAUUAAUAUUGGAGGGAUCCAGAUGGAGGCUAUUAUUGACUCUGGAGCCAGCUGUAACGUUAUGAACAGGGGCACAUGGGAAACACUUAAAAGACAGUCUAUUAAGUGUACAUCAAAGAAGAGUGACAAACACAUUUUUGUGUAUGGUAGCCAGACACCGAUUCAUGCGGUUGGAUCAUUUGUAGCCCGUAUCGCAUAUAAUGAUAGAUACGAGGACGGCGUGGAGUUUCUGGUUAUAGAGGGAAGGGGCCAGACCCUUCUUGGUAAAGACACCUCAAUAAAACUAGGGGUUCUGAGGUUGGGACCACUACCGUCACCUAAUGAGAGACAUGAUAUUAACAAAGUGUCUACAACUCUGGGGAUCAAGGACGAGUUGAUUAGGAAGUAUCCCAAGGCAUUCCAGGGAUUAGGAACUUUGAGGAAUUUUGAACUUGAAAUCUCACUUGACCCCGAGGUCAAACCUAUUGCACAACCACUUAGGAGGGUGCCUUACAACCUGAGGGACAGACUUGAAAAGAAACUACUGGAACUUGAGGACUUGGACAUAAUUGAGCCAGUACAUGGACCCACAUCUUGGGUUUCUCCGAUCGUGGUGGUACCAAAAGGGGACACUGACAUUAGAUUGUGUGUAGAUAUGCGACAGGCCAACACGGCUGUCCUACGCGAACGAUUCCCCAUCCCCACUGUUGAUGAGGUACUGCAAGACAUGAACUGUAGCAAGGUUUUUAGCAAGAUAGAUAUUAAGUGGGCCUACCACCAGAUUAUGUUAGCAGAGAAGUCUAGAGACAUUACAACUUUUGUGACCCACAAGGGUUUGUAUAGGUACAAAAGGUUGAUGUUUGGGGUAAGUUGUGCGCCAGAAAUGUUUCAAAAAGUUGUACAGCAAGUGUUGCAAGGUUGUGAGGGAGUUCAAAAUAUCAUGGAUGAUGUUAUUGUACAUGGUAGUAGUCAAGAUGAGCAUGACCAGAGGCUGAGAGAAGCUGUGAGAGUCCUGAGUGAGACGGGAAUGACAUUGAACAGUGACAAAUGUGAAUUUAAUAUGUCAAAACUUGUGUUCAUGGGUCAUGUAUUAUCUGAAAAGGGGAUCGGUCCGUCCGAGGUCAAGGUCAAGGCCGUUCUUGAUGCGCGUGAGCCGACUACUGCGAGCGAAGUACGAAGCUUCCUAGGUCUUGUGAAUUACAGUGCUCGGUUUAUUCCGGACUUAGCUACGAUAUCCGCUCCGUUACGGAAACUGACGAAAAAGGACGAAGAAUUUGUCUGGGGGGCAGAACAACAGGUCGCCAUCACCAUGGCCCGACCCCUAAGGAAUAAUGCGGCCUAA